AUGGAUGCCGACAACAGGCUGUGGAGACACCACUGGAUUAGCGACCCCUGUGCUCGUCUGCUCGACUUCUGAGGGGCUCGGGCGUUCAAAGUUUCGGAUAGAUCGUCAAAGGCUGAAGGCGCAGCAUGCAGUCCGGAGCGAAGUCGCUCUCCGCAGGUGGCGGUGCGUCCCUCUGCUGCCUGCUGCUCCUCUGGCUCAUCUACUCCCAUCUGCUCAGAGAAGGCCAGUUGGCAGUGGGGACCUGCGAGAUAGUGAUGCUCAACAGAGACAGCAGCGUUCCCCGGCGGACCAUUGCCAGGCAGACAGCCCGCUGCGCCUGCCGGAGAGGCCAGAUCGCCGGGACCACGAGGGCGAGACCGGCCUGUGUAGACGCGCGGAUCGUGCGAAGCCGCCAGUGGUGCGAGAUGGCUCCCUGCCUGGAGGGGGAGGUCUGCAGCCUCCUGUUCAACCGAUCCGGCUGGACCUGCACCAGGGGCAGUGGUCGCAUCAAGACCGUGACGCCUUUGCCCAAGGAGCCGUCGUAGGAUGCAGAGGAACACAGCAGGCCCGUUGACCCCCGUGAUUCGAAAAGGAACUGAUGCUCGUCACUACAACUGAACAUUGUGUCCAUUCACUGACGGGGCUCCAAAACCUGACACCAGGCCUGAUCAAGAGGAAAUCAUUUUAAAAAACCCACACAAAAAAAUUUUAAAAAAUGAAAAUAAAACAUUUCCCCGAGCCUGUCCAAUCACAGCAGUGGAAGACUCUUGGCAGACACUUGUGAGAACUGUGAGAAAUCUCAAGUGAGCAGCAUGGCGCACCAUCGACAUUGAACCUUCACUGCAGCCAAAUUCACGGAUCGUAGAAGAAAAAAAUCCCUGUCAGGAACAGUUAUGAACAGGAAGUGGAAUAUAUUCAUUAAAUACUUAGGCUUUUGUGUUUAGCUUUUUUUUUUUUUUUUGUCGUCCACAGUCCGGUCUGCAGGGGACGGCUCCUCGAAGAUUUGAUUGAGACUUUGUCAGAAGCUCUUUCAAGAGUCAGCCCCUUCAUGUUAUUUUCCCGUCUCCCAGUUUUCUUUGAAGAGCAGUGGCUUUACUGUUGAACCAGGCCGCAUUGUCCAUCGGAUUCUGGCCUUUGUGUCACUUGGCUGGGUGAAACUUUACAAGGCCGUAGCCUCCAAAAGCUCUGCUUACUCAUUGCGGAUAAUGUGGAUGUGAAAGCGGAAUGAACGUCAACUGGAAUGUCACGGAAGAGACGACAGAUGAGUUGACUGUCUUUCCUCGGUGAAUGAAGGUGAAAGUGAUGGUGAUGUGUGGACAUUUUGGAUGACUUAGCUUAGAACUCAUGGUUCUUUUUUAUUAUUAUGUGGUGCCAACAUAAACUAGAAGAGUAGUUUUUUUCGUCAAUGAGCCUCACACGUCUUGUACACAUCACCGGGAGCAGUUAGCACAUGUGGACGGGAUUGCUCAUUGUAAUGGUCUGUAGUUUGUGUGCGUGCAAGCUAUAUGUGUGUUUGUGUGUGCGUGUGUGCGUGCGCGUGCGUGCGCGUGUGUGUGUGUGUGUGUGUGUGCGUGCGUGCGUGUUUGUGCAAAUGCAGAGAUACACUGUGAAAUAAGUCAUGUCCAAUGCAUUAUUCAUACUCUUGUAUAUUUUUGGGACACACCCAGACUGGAGCUCACCAUCUUGGCAAGAAGCAUUUGUGAUUUUACAGAUGUUGGAUUUCAUUUGAAUCUUUGUAGAUGAAUCCUCUGUUUGCCUUUUCUUAUUUCUUUCUUUCUUGUCUUUCCUUUAGUACAUAGAGAUAUUUAUUUUGGGGGGGAAAUAUUAUUGAAACUGGGUAAAGAGCUCAAGUAUGUCACAUAAGUUAAAUUCUGUAAUUAAACUUGAUUUAUGUGUGAUUAAAUAUAGUUCAGUGUCCUUGACUCAAAUUUGACUACAUGUUUGAUAUGAGAUGUUUUGGCCAGCUGCUGGAAGUUGCUAUUUGCUGAUUUCAGAUUUUAAUUCAUGUAUUUUAUGGUCUGUGGAUUUCAUUCCAGGUGGGCGUCAAAGAAAAUGUGGAGCACAAGAGGUGGACAGAAUAACAGGAACAUCAACAUGAUAUAAAACACCGUCCAAGUCCCACAAAGCGACAGGCUAUGAUAAUCCUCACAGAGGUCGUGCUUGCUGCAAGGUUAUUUGUAACAGAUUGCAUUAUGUUAUGCAGGUGUUCCCGUUAUGGUGUCUGCUCCCUGUUCUUUUUUUUAACUUUUUUUUUUAUUUCCACUAAAAUAUCCUGUACAUCUUAUUGUAUGCAUACAAAGAUAUAAAGAGAGUGUCCGCUC